AGGGAGCGGGGAGGGGGUUGCAGAAGGAGCCCAGCGGCUGCUGCUCAAUGGCGGAAAAGCCGCCGGUGCUCUGACCGCCUCGUCCCCCUACAGUUGCGGGGGAGUUUCCUGCCGGCGCGGCUGGCGUCUCUGUUUCUCAGGGUUCGGUGGCUGGAAGAUGCUCCAGAGAGACGAGGCUGCGGCGGAGGAGGUGGCGGCGGCAGAAUCGGCAACGGCGCUAGGGUGGAGAGAAGGCGGCAGCGGCGGCGGCGGCGGCGUGCGGGGCCCGACGGUGUAAACAGCCCCGAAGGCGGCGGAGGCGGUGGCCGAGACCCCGAGGGGGAAGCGGCGGCUGAGGCAGGGUCGCGCCUCCGUUGGAAGCCUGGGCUGAGUGCAGCGGGGGACUCUGCUGCGGGCGCAAGCGAACGCCCUAGACCUCGCCUCCCUCCCUCGCCCCAGAUUCAUUAAUAAACAUGGGUGCAUUUUUGGAUAAACCUAAAACUGAGAAACAUAAUGCUCAUGGUGCUGGGAAUGGUUUACGUUAUGGCCUGAGCAGCAUGCAAGGAUGGAGAGUGGAAAUGGAAGAUGCACACACAGCUGUUGUAGGUAUUCCUCACGGCUUGGAGGACUGGUCAUUUUUUGCAGUUUAUGAUGGUCACGCUGGAUCCCGAGUAGCAAAUUAUUGCUCAACACACUUAUUAGAACACAUCACUAAUAACGAAGACUUUAGGGCAGCUGGAAAAUCAGGAUCUGCUCUUGAGCCUUCAGUGGAAAACGUCAAGAAUGGUAUCAGAACUGGCUUUUUGAAAAUCGAUGAAUACAUGCGUAACUUUUCAGACCUCAGAAAUGGCAUGGACAGGAGCGGUUCAACUGCCGUGGGAGUUAUGAUUUCACCUAAGCAUGUCUACUUUAUCAACUGUGGUGAUUCACGUGCUGUUCUGUAUAGGAAUGGACAAGUCUGCUUUUCUACCCAGGAUCACAAACCUUGCAACCCAAGGGAGAAGGAGCGAAUCCAAAAUGCAGGAGGCAGCGUAAUGAUACAGCGUGUUAAUGGAUCGUUAGCAGUAUCUCGUGCUCUGGGGGACUAUGAUUACAAGUGUGUUGAUGGCAAGGGUCCAACAGAACAACUUGUUUCUCCAGAGCCUGAGGUUUAUGAAAUUUUAAGAGCAGAAGAGGAUGAGUUUAUCAUCUUGGCUUGUGAUGGGAUCUGGGAUGUUAUGAGUAAUGAGGAGCUCUGUGAAUUUGUUAAAUCUAGGCUUGAGGUAUCUGAUGACCUGGAAAAUGUGUGCAAUUGGGUAGUGGACACUUGUUUACAUAAGGGAAGUCGAGAUAACAUGAGUAUUGUACUAGUUUGCUUUUCAAAUGCCCCCAAGGUCUCAGAUGAAGCAGUGAGAAAAGAUUCAGAGUUGGAUAAGUACUUGGAAUCACGGGUAGAAGAAAUUAUGAAGAAGUCUGGUGAGGGAGGAAUGCCUGAUCUUGCCCAUGUCGUGCGCAUCUUGUCUGCAGAAAAUAUCCCAAAUUUGCCUCCUGGGGGAGGUCUUGCUGGCAAGCGCAACGUUAUUGAAACUGUUUAUAGUAGGCUGAAUCCACAUAGAGAAAGUGAUGGGUCAGAUUUUCAGAGAGAAAAUGGGAUUUGAAGAAUGGUUGAAUGGCAGAAGUGAAAGGAGGAAGGUAAUGGUUCUUUGAAAGGAAGAACAUCGUUUUGGCUAGAGCAGAGAACUGCUGUGGUGACAAAGAAUUCAGGUGCCAGAAGUAUUUCUGGAGAGACGAGAGAGGACUUUUGAACUUUGUGUUUUAGAGUGAGGAGCCACCAUAUGUUUGGAGCAUUAAAAUGAUAGACUCAAAGGAAUAUCUGUGGAUAUCUGUGGUAUUUUACUCUGUUAGAAGUGUGCAGUAUUAGAUUAAAGAGAGGCUGGAAGUCAAAUAGUUGUGAAAUGAUUGCAGAGAUCACAUAAGUGUAAACCCAUCGUUAGUAGAUAGAUGUGUGGAUUAGAGAACUUUCCUAUUUGUUGUUAAAAAAAAACACCUCAUUUUUGCAGCCCAGAAUCCCAUUUUAGGAAACAUUACCCUUUCAGAGUAAUUAUGACCUUGGAAAAAUGUUGAACGAUAAUCACAAGUAGCAGAAAUGUACUAAAAAAUAUAAAAGAAACAUAAAAUGAAGAAAUUAUAGAUGUUUGAUUAAAUUCUUAGCUCUUAACUUGACCUACUAAAGCAGUGAGUUAGGCACAGAAGUGCUUCGCAAAUGCUUUUCAACUUGGUUAGAUCUGUGCCAUCUGGAAGAUGUUGCCAGGAAGUACACAGUGGCAGGAGCUGUUACAGGUAACUUGCAGAAUGGGAAAGACAAAAGUCUGGUAGAAAUACAGAGGAGAAGACACUUGGGAGGUAUUAUUUAAAACAAUUUUGCUUAAAUAACAAAAAUAAUUUUUAUUCAGAUUUUUUUUCUUUAAAAAAAGCUAGCCAGAGUUAACAGCGAUUGUUUAGAUUCCUAAAAUGUCUACUUUGUAUCACAUACAGAAUUUUUCUGCUGUAAAUGCCUAUAUACAGUACCAUUAGAAAUAGAGAUUCAUCUAUUUUUCUUAUAUUAAAAUCUUUUGGUUAAUUAAUGUAUUUUUAAAAGCUGAGUUGGAUAUAAGUCAACUUAGGUCAUUUAAAAUAUAUUCAGAAAGUUCACUAUUAAGUUAUUUUUUAGUUCAACUUUUUAGAAUAUGUUCAAUUAAUGUAAGCAAUAUUGAUAUUUUCCCAGCUUUAAAAUCAAAAUCUGUGGAAAAGCUUCUAGCAUAAGGGGGUUUGUGAACCUCCCAAAAGUCUUUGCAGAUAUAUUUAUGUGUGCAUACACAUUCUCUAAUGAUUUAGAGUUAUGUCUGCAACUUUCAUCAGUUCCUCAAACGAGUUUGUAACCCCAAAAGGAUAAUCUCCUAGAGGACCAGAAAAAAUAAAAUUACGUUUGUUCUAAGUUGUUGUUAUGUGAGAUCACUCCCAGUCCACCCCCUUUUCUUCCUCUAAAUGCUAGCUUGGUUUUGUAACUAGAAUGUACAUUCUCUGAGAUCUGGAACUUUAUCUUCUUUAUUUAUGGCUGUAGUCCCAGCACCUAUAGCAGUGCCUGGCACAUGGUGAGAGUUCAAUAAAUACUAGUUAAAUAAAAAAUAUUUCUAUUUCUUUCUUUCUAGUAGUUUGCUAAGACUAUCCUGAAACCAUAUAUUUCAAAAAAUAAUUAGAGGUUGCUAAUUGGUAUGGAAGUUUAUUUUUUGAGCUUUGUAUUUUCUGUGCCAAAAUGUGAAGUUCUUCCUUCAAAGGAGACUUAGAGUGCUUUUGAAUUAGUGCACCACUGAUCAAGUAGCUGUGUAAGUAGAAGUUUUCCAAGGGAAAAGGGGAAACUUGUUUACACCUACUUCCUCCUACUUGUGCCAAGCCGUAUCUGUUUGUCUGUAUCUAAAUACUGAUCAUAGGUUAUCUCCUCAACACCCUUCUUUUACAGAGAAGACUAAGACUCAGUGAGAUGGAGUAGCUUGCCCAGGUUGCACAGCUGGAUAAACCGAGUAACAAGAAUUUGAAUCUAAGUCAGAAUGACUCAAAAAACUAUUCCCUUUAUUUUAUACCUUUCCGUGCAGCCUCUCUAAGAUAGAGGGUUUGUAUGUAUCUGUACCCCCACUCUGUCCACUGUGCAAGAAAAAUCAUUGCCCAUUCUGUUGUGAAUCUUAUAUUUAAUAGUCUUAAGGUGCUCUGUUUUUGAUGAGGAAGUUGUUGUGACUAAGCAGUCAAGCUCAGUGCCUUAUUAGUUAUUUUUCAUUUAAAUACAUGUUUUUAUUUAUCCUGAUUCAAAAAACUUAUUUUAAGACAUUUGGAUUUGGAGAGGGGGGAAGGAGGACAGGACAAAAAGCCCUAAAGAAUCUCCCUGUUUUCACAUUGUUAACUUUUGUGUACAAUCUUCUUUUUUAUUUUAUUUCAAAUAAAGCAAGUAUAUUUUUAUAUUACAGUUUUAGGACUUUACUUUUUCACUUGUCAAAGCAUUCUUAUGGAGAAGACCUACCUACACUGUUGGAAAAUGCACUAAGUUUAGUCACUACUUUUUUAGGUGUCAUUUAAUAUACCACUUCUUACAGCUUUGUGGUCUUGACCAUUUAAAUGACUCUUAAAUUAUUUCAAACUGAUUAAAUUUUAUAGAAUCUUGCAGAUAAUGUAUAAUUUAUUAGAUUCUCCAUUAGUCAUUGUUAAUUAUACCUCAUGAAGUCAUUUUUGAGAAAUGUCUAAAAAUUAUUUUUACCUGACAAAGCAGGGCAUGGGGACUCUUAACACAGUAAAUAUUUAUGCUGGCAUUCUUUUUCUCCACUGUUUUAGCUAGUCUUUUGAGGAAUUUUGCUUAUGGCAACUGUGUUUUUAAAAAACUGCUGCAAAUAAAUAAUAGCUAGUUAAAUUUUAUUAAAUGUUCCUAGAUUUCCUUCCCCUCUGUUGGCUCUCUGCCUGAUUUAUCCAUAUUCCUGUGCCUUACGUGGUGCAAGGCAGUGUUUUUAUAAUGAGAAAUUUGAUUCUCAAGCUGUAUUAGUCUAGAUGAUAAUAAAGCCUUAAAAACAAAAUCUGAGGAAAUGUCCUGAAUUCCUAGCUCCAUAAUUGAUUUUUUGUCCUAUAAUUUCAUUAAUUUUUCUAUAUGAAGGAGAAAUACAUUAUAGACUUCAAUAUGAAAUAAUUUAUGUUUUAAUUCUACAAUAAUUUUAAGCAGUAUUUAUUUAGUAUGCGUCUAUUUAUAUGGGGCACUUAUAUGCAAAACCUGUUACCAUAAUGUAUUCAAAAGAGCAUUCAGAGGGACGUUGAUGUCAGUUGCACCUGUAAACAAAUCUGAGCUCUGUCACUUACUAGCAUUGUCACCCUGACAAACAACUUAAAUCUCUCUGAGCCUUAGUUUCUUCACUUAUAAAAAUUAGAGUUACAGUACCUGUUACAUAGGGUACGUACAGGAUUAAAUGAGAUUAUGUAUAUAAAGCUCUUAGUUCUUAGCACUAAUUUUCCUUCCCUAGGUGGUAGGGAGGAUACAGAAAGGAAUAGAAUUAUCUUUAUUUCAAAGAGUUUACAGUCUAACUGGAGAGAUAAUUGUGAACAGUAGCAAGGUGGAAUUAACUGCUAUAAUAGAUGUGCAAACAUGAUGUGCUUUAUGAGUUCAGGUAAAGAGGGUUUAGCUAAGCAAAACAAUCCUUUUCUGAUACUAAUGAAAAUCCACGACAGAGUUGUGUAACAAUAUUUUGAAGAAUCAAAUGAAAUGGCUGGGAAAGAGGUUUCACCCUUCCAUUGUCUAUGCAGCACAACAAAAGAAUAUAAUUUGCGAUAAUAUAAAAUAACUUAAAUGUGGCCGUUAGCUCAAAUUCUUUUCAAUUGGUUGUUGUAAAUCCAUGCUACUUAAUUUACAGUUUUUAAAAAGCAACUACUUCUCUCUCCCCAACUGCUCUGCAGUUCACAGAAACAUAGAUGAUUACUGUAAAAAAGAAAUGUGUCAGAUGGAGAAAGAGGUGCUUUAUCUUUGAAAACCACCUCCCCCCCCCAAUUGACUGAAAUACAAUGAGUAUAACAACCUUUGAUCCAACCGUAUCAGUAAGUUCAAGUAGGUAGAGUUAAGACAGCUUAUCAGUGGUUCUCCAUCUUGGCCAUAUAUCAGAAUCACCUGUCAGGCUUUAAAAAUAGAUCACCUCAACCCACUGAAUCUGAAUAUAAUGGGAUGGAACUUUGGCAUAUGUAUAAUUGUAAAAACUCUUUAGGUGAUUCUGGUGCGAAACCAGGGUUGAGGUCUCAGCGUGUAAAUCAGCUGCCCACUUGAAGCAGAUUUUGUUUGAGUGUCCUGGAAGUUCUUCUUUUUUUUUUUUUUUAAAUAGAGAGUUGUUGGUUUGAGGGACUUUUCUUUAGAGGGCAGGUAGGAGUCUUACGCCCUAUAUUGAAAGUUCUUUGUGAUUUACUAUCAAGUAGAAAAUUUCCUUUUGGAAGACCUGAUUAAAGACUGGUAAGAUUUGUGAUUAGCAAGACUCUACUCAUUGUUCCAUUUUAACCUUUCCUGAAUAGAUUCACAUGAGAGACUUUAUUUAGGGAAAUAGAUUUAUUUAGUACAGAAGGAAAGGUAAGGGGAAAAAUAAGAAAAAUCUUAACAGCACAUUUUAUUAUGUUCUCCCCACACAAUAAACUUUGCAAAUUAAAACGUAAAUGAUUUUGACAGUUAAUAUUCUUGAUAUAGAAAAUCAGAAAAUUCAAAGAAAAUAAAACAUCUGAAACUUCACUACCUAAUAUUAUCAUUUUUAUAUUGCUGUAUUUUCUUUCCUCCCAGACAUUUUACAUAUAAUAUCCUAAAAUGGACAGGUUCACAGACAUAUAUGUACAUAUAAAACAUAUGCUGUACACAGUCAUCUAUUGCUUUUUGCCACAAGGACACUUUCUUUUUUUCUUUUUUCUUUUUAAAGCAUUCAUGUGCUCUCAUUUUUCUAAUAAGCAUUGCCAUUUAUUAUGUGGUUAUAGUAGUAUUAUCUUUGUUAUAGAAUUAUAGAGUAACAGCCUUCAAAGAUGGUUAAGAGUUUGUGUCAGAUCAUCUAUAUCAGUAACCUUUUUGUAUUUUAUUUUCCCCACAUUUAAUGAUGAAAACUUCCAAAAAUAUAGAAAAAUUAAAAUGAUCAUAAUGAACAAUUGUAUACCUUCUACCUAGAUUCAACACGUAAUGUUUUACCAUAUUUGCUUUAUCUCUCUUUAUAUAUACAUGUGUGUAUGUACAUACAUGACUUUUUUUGACUGACCCUUUGAUAGCAAAUUGCAGACAUCAUAAUAUUUUACCUCUAAAUAUUUUGGCAUGCAGCUCUUAAGAAUGAGGACAUUUUUCUACAUAACCAUAAUAUUAUACAUAAGAAAAUUAAUAAUAAAUUUAAUGUCAUCUAAUAUUGAUCCCAAAUUUUCCCAGUUGUGCCUAGAAUGACUGCUAGUCCAUUUGUUACCAGUCAAGCCUAUUAAGCAAGUCUUUGACCGAGCCCCCAAUUCUUUUCCCCUUGACACUGAUUAUAAUGAGACUGAGCAAGCUUUUUAUAGGAUGUCCUACAUUCUGGAUCAUAUGAUUCUUUGUGGUGUCCUUUCACAUGAUCCUCUUUUUCUUGUUUUCCUGUAAAUUGGGAAUUAGCUUCAUUAGUUAUUAAACAUUUUUGGCAAGAACAUAGGCCAUAGCUUUGUCCUCCCUGAUGCAUCACAUCAGGAGGCACAGAAUAUAAGAUUGAUUUGCUUUUUAGUCUCUCAGUGUAACUAUAAUCAGAUUGGAUAUUAGAGCUUGUUCUGCUAACAAGAUUAAGUAGCUACUAUUUUAGAAACCUGUAGAUUUUAUAAAAUUCUGUGAAAGGAUUGAGUAGUGUACUGUUUGCAACUUAAUUACGUUUUUGAAUAAUUGGUCUAUUUUAUCUAGAAAUGUUUUUAUUAAAAUAUUUAAAGACAAAAAGUAAUAUUUUUAUCCACAAAAGCUUUACAAUUUCCCCAGUAUCUAGUUUAAAUUUCUGUAGUUUUACAUUUUGUGUCUCCUUUCCUUCCUAUCAUUUAGCAGAAAUGAAGAAACUAAUGUUCUCAUGGCCUGCUUUUCUGUCCUUUCCUACUGCUUUAAACACUAAUUUCCUUUUAUACUAGAUAAUUAUAGCCAAUUGUUUUUUUUUUUUUUUAAGUAAGUCAGCUUUAGGAGAUGCUUGUGUUGCCUUUGAAUUUUAAUAGCCAAGUAAAUUUCAGAUUAAACUUCGAAUAUCAAUGUGAAAUAAACGUGAACUAGUUCUUGAUAAUUUGCUAAAAAUAAUGAGAUACUUCAACUGGAAAUUUUUAUUAAUUGACACAAAUAAGCCUUGAUACUUAUUUAAUGAAAUGUUCUCAUGCCUAGACUAUAUUACUCAUGGUAGACAAAUGAGUGUUUUGCUGUGAUAUGUUAUGAAAUACAUGUGAUAUCCUAGUUUGUCUACUGACACUGGGGUCUUGAAUCUUAAAAAAAGGCCUCCGAUGAAGCAGAGGAAAGUGGAUCACAGGGAAAAUUGGUGGAAGCUCUCAGGCAAAUGAGAAUUAAUCAUAGGGGCAACUACCGACAACUUCUGGAGGAGAUGCUGACUAGUUACAGGCUA